AGCUUUCACUACCUCGAUCGCAACCGGCACUACGGGCUUGGGAUCAGUUGGCGACGGAAUGCAGCAGCUGAUCAGAGUGGCGCGGACGCUGGGUCAACACUCGAGCGGCGCAUGGAGUGCGCGGGGAGUCGGUGCUGGAAACCGAGGAAUCGCAUGCCUGGCCGCCCUCUCCGAGACCCACCAGAUUCUCCAGAAGACUUGCCGGGAGUUCGCCAAUGCGGAACUGGCCCCCAAAGCGCGCCACCACGACCGCGAGGAGCUUUAUCCGGCGGAACAGGUCAGACGGUUGGGAGAACUCGGUCUCAUGUCGGUGACGGUUCGAGAGGAGUAUGGUGGUUCUGGACUGGAUUACCAGGCCUACGCGAUUGGCAUGGAGGAGGUGGCUCGUGGUGACGCCGCCGUGUCCAUUGUGAUGGGCGUGAAUAACCUGUACCUGGGUGCAGUGCAGCAGCAUGGAACCGAGCAGCAGAAGCAGGAUUUCCUGGUGCCGUACACCCAGGGUGAGCACAUCGCCUUCUACGCCUUGUCGGAACCCGGAAACGGAUCGGAUGCAGGAGCUGCCAGCACCACGGCCAAGCUGCAAGGGGACAGCUACCUAAUAAACGGCACUAAAGCGUGGAUAUCAAACUCCAAGGAGGCCAGCGGGGGAAUCGUCUUCGCCACGGUGGACAAGAGCCUGAAACACAAGGGAAUCACUGCCUUUCUCACGCCCAAGGAUGUUCCCGGACUUUCCAUAGCCAAGAAGGAAAGCAAAAUGGGCAUGCGCGCCACUUCGACUUGCCAGCUGGUGCUGGAGGACGUGCAGGUGCCGCGAUCCCGGGUCCUUGGAGCUCCCGGUGAUGGUUUCAAGAUCGCCAUGCAGUCCUUGGACUGUGGCAGGAUCGGUAUAGCCGCCCAGGCCACCGGUAUCGCACAAGCUGCCCUGGAACUGGCCGUGGACUAUUCGCAGAAGAGGGUGGCCUUCGGACAGCAGCUGGCACGGUUGCAGCUCAUCCGGCAGAAGCUGGCCGACAUGGCCACGCGGGUGGAGAUCUCAAGGCUGCUAACGUGGCGUGCCGCUUGGCUGAAGGAUAAUGGUCUGCCAAUCACAAAGGAGGCGGCGAUGGCCAAGCUGCAUGCCUCCGAGGCCGCCACUUUUUGUGCCCACCAGUGCAUCCAGAUCCUGGGCGGGAUGGGGUACACCACUGAUCUGCCUGCAGAGCUUUAUUACCGCAACGCCCGCGUCACAGAGAUUUAUGAGGGAACCUCGGAGAUCCAAAGAAUUGUGAUCGCCAACGCAGUGCUCCGGGAAUUGGGAAGGGAUUGAAAACCGUUGUUGGUUUUUCUUUAUUACUGCUGCCAAACAAAUCAGAAUACCUGCUUUUAUACUUGUUAUGAAUGUAAUUUAGUUUUUCUAUGCCAGACAAAUGCAUUUAAUAAAGUAAAUUUUAUAAAAUGAAA